AUGGCCGCGCGCAAUCCCACCGCAGACGACAAAAACGAUCGAAAAUACUCCGCCGCAGUUGUUUGUCGUCAAGAUAAUGCGCAAGAGAGCAACAGAGAAGUCAUUUGUGGCCCUACGUACGGAAAAUCAAGAGAUGAGGCGCUAUCCAGGUUAUUGGACAUGAUGGAAGAGCAGGCGUGGGGGGUGUUGCAUCCCGGGCCUGCUGAGCAGCCCCAGCGUGAUCAAAUGGACGGAAGCGGAGGCGGUACGAAUGAGCCAGCGAACAGGAGGAGAAAUCCGAAUGAGCGGACGGGGCUGACGGGGAAAGUUGGAGGCAUGGGCAUCUGA